CAGGGGGCGUCAGGAGACUGUGGCGCUGCUUUCUGGUCGGUUUUCUUGGACGAAGAAGUGAAGCGGCGCUUUGCGGUCGCAGUUUUUUCUGGACUCUGGUGAUUUUCUGGUCCAGAACAGACGCGGAAGAAGGACGGAAGACUGAGACAUUUGUAUGGGGCAAAACAGUUCGCAGGUUCCCAGAAUGACUUCUCCUGUCCGUGUGAUCGUGACUGGAGCUGGAUGUCGAGGAGAGAUCUACUCUAAUUAUGCAUCCGUCCACCCUGAACGCAUGAAGGUCGUCGCGGUGUCCGAUCCAAGGAAGUUCGCCCGCACCAAACUUCAGAAGCAGCACAACAUUCCAGAUGAAAACAUAUUUGAAGACUGGCACAGUGUGUUGGAGAGAGACAAGUUUGCAGACGCAGUGUUAAUUUGCACUCCGGAUCGACUUCAUAAGGAACCUGCUGUGGCCUUUGCAAAGAAGGGCUACCAUGUUCUCCUGGAGAAACCAAUGGCAACGACUGCAGAGGACUGCACAGCCAUCGUGGAGGCUUGUAUUCAGAGCGGCGUGAUGCUGUCUGUGGGCCACGUUCUCCGCUACGAUCCACUCAUCCAAAAGAUUAAGGAGCUCAUAGACGCUGGAGCCGUUGGUGAUGUGAUCCAUAUUCAGCACCUGGAGCCGGUCGGCUAUUAUCACUUUGCUCACUCGUUUGUUCGAGGAAACUGGAGGAACGAAGCAGAAAGCUCUUUUGCUCUUCUGGCCAAGUCGUGUCAUGACAUCGACCUGAUCCAUCACUGGGCCGGAGCACGCAGGUGUGUGAAAGUGUCAUCAUUUGGAUCCGUUAGCCACUUCCAAAAAAAACACAAGCCAGCAGGUGCUUCAGAUCGUUGCCUCGACUGUCCGAUAGAAAAAGAGUGCCCAUACUCAGCAUGCAAAAUCUACCUGGACACAGUGAAACAGGGUCACACCGGCUGGCCAGUAAACUACAUCUGUCCGAGCUCCUUCCCAGACAUCGAGUCGGUAACUGAGGCGUUGAGGACCGGACCGUACGGCCGCUGUGUCUACGAGUGUGACAACGAUGUCUGCAGUAACCAGGUUGUUAACAUGGAGUUUGAAGGAGGAGUGACAGCAGCUUUUUCCAUGGUGGCGUUUUCAGAGGAGAUUUGCAUACGAAAAACCACCAUCUAUGGCACCAAGGGGGAGCUGUCAUACGAUGGUCAUGAGAUCCGUGUGUUUGACUUCCUGACCCAGAGAUCCACAAAGCACACGGCAGACAGUAAAGCUCACUGGGCGUUCGGCAUGACGGGACACGGUGACGCCGACUACCACCUCAUACAUGCCUUUAUUUCUGCUGUGGCGAACAACGAUCCCUCCCUGAUUCGAUCGGGUCCCGAGGAGACGCUACUCAGCCAUCUGCUGGUGUUCGAAGCGGAGCGUUCGCGACUGGAGGGCAGAGUGGUUUACUGUGAGGACAAAAAGCACAGCUAGAAGACCUACAAACAUUCUGAGCAUGUUAGAGAUAAAAAUCAAACUCUAUAAUGACAUCCAAAUGAUUGAAGAGGCUUUUAAACUGAUAGAUGAAGGAGCAAAUCUUGUGUAGUCUGUAAUUGUUUCAGUACUGUCUGUGACGGUAUUAAAGUGAAGCGUUGUACUCUCAAUAACUUGAUGAUUAGUUGUCCAGUCGUGUUUAAUAAGUUUCUGUAAAUGCUCACUCCAGUUGAUCCGUUACAGAUUUGUGAAAUGCUCAGGGCUACAGUAGAUGUAAAUAUAGUGCCUAUUAAAGUGCCAUAUGAUUAAAAUAUUCACCUCCUUUGGAA